CCUUCACACAACUCACGAAAAUCUUACAAGUGAUUCGUCGUAAAUGCCAGGAACAGACAUUCACUAAGAGAGUAUUAGACCAGCGCAGUAUAAAUGGCUGAAUCCACUCCAUCCGAAGACGGCACAUUCGAGGAUGUCAGCAUCACAAGUAGCCAAGAGUCUUUGCGCCAGUUUGAAGAUGACUUUUCGGGGUCCCACGACAGUCGCCGCGAAAUCGUCAAGAGGCUUCACUAUACUAUCAACCUGCCACUCGUUAGCGAGAAGCGUAUGAAGAAGCUCCAAAGUGCUCGGGAAGCUGCCGCCAACAACGCUGCCUUUACCCACGCCAUCGUGGACCUUUUCCGAAGUUUGAGUGAUUGGGAGACCGGCGACAUCACUCUCGUCAUUAGGGUCGCCUCUCCUUCGGAUACAGACGAGGAUCUGUUUGAUUCCUUGACUAGCAGUCACUCUGGCAGCCCAAUUUGGGAUGUGCGUAACGACUUCAAGUAUAUCAGCUUCGACCAGACAUCGGAUACUAAGUCGGGCCUCGCACAAGUUCGGGCCAUAUCUAGUGUGGACUUUCGGGAAGACUUCAGCAAUGUCAAAAGACGACUUGACCCCGCCUGCAUCUCUACUAUAUCCCAAGUACUCCCCAACGUCAACGCUCUGACGUGGGACUGCAUCAUGCCCUCACGCCGCCUCGAGUCCUUAAGAAAGGAAACUCGUCUUGCUCUUGCAGAGACCUUGAAACACGGCGCUUUCACCAACCUCAAAAACCUCGACAUCUAUCUCGAAGAUCCAGACCCGCUGAACGAAAGCUCUGAUCCCGGGGCAUUUUGCGCGAGUCCCGAGGAAGAUGCUCUCUCGUUGGCUAUUAGCAGAAUCUUACAGCUACCUGCAAUCGUCAACGUGCAGCUCACGGGUCUCUGGACUAUCGCCCCUGCAGCUUUUGAGGCGGCAACGGACUUUGGGUCUUUAUUAGAGGCAGUAUAUAUUGAGGGUAGCGGAACAACCCCCGACGGGAAAUGGCUCAGCAUCGGGGAAGAGGACGAUGUGGACCAGGAUGAACCUGACUCAGACUCAGACGCUUCUGAGGCUGCUUUUGACUCUGCGGACUCGGAUACAUCCGACUUUGUUCCGGAGCAUGAAUGGGAACGGGAAGCAGGGAACUUUCCGAUGAACUCGUGGAGAACUUCGAUCGAUACCGAGGUUUUGGUGCCUCACAUACUACCUCUCGUGAGAACCACACUCAAGAUGUCACCACUCCGAACUCUUAAAUACGAGAUUCAGACGCAGCCGUCGCCAUUCUUCGUCGAGUAUUAUGCACCGGGAGUCGAAAAUAUCUCGGCGAAGAGGGAGUCAAAUCUCCGCGGAGAUUUCGAACGGGACAAUGUCAGUCGGUCAAGAUGGUUUCUCACGGUCGUGCAAGGCUUUGACCCGUCCUGGAAAGUGCCUCCUGACCUGAUCAGCGCAAUCGAGGAGACUGGUGGAUGCAUUUCCUGGGAUGGACCUAGUUCUCUUGAAUAGUCUCAUGCAGAUAAAAGAAGGGCUUGACUAAUCGUCUCCUGAUUGAUGGUCUCGUCCCUGUGCUACUACAAGCGAGAUGUCCACGAUUUGACCUUGUCACGAUUCAAAGAGGAUACUUGCGUUGACAAUUGACGUUUCAUAUUAC